ACGCGGGCUUAGUGGAUCGUGACAACACCAUGUACCACAGUUGUAGAUACGUACAUACUGUUUUAUACCUGCUUUGAGUUUUUGAUAACGAGUGUAAAUCCCGUAUCAACAACAAUACGAGAUUGUCGAGAUAAUUGUAUUGCAUGCCGAACGCCGAGACCGAUGCCGCUCGCUUACUCAAUUGUCGUUUUUUUGAUUUAGUUGAUUCUAUAAUUACCACUUAGCUUUAUAUUUCUGUGAUUAUUACCGUGUUAAAUAACUUAACAGUAGACUGACAAACCUAUGACCGAAGUCAGUGGUCACUAUUCAUCACUCAGUUGUCGCCGUUCGUUGCUUGAUGUAGCCAUUUUAAACUACAGCAUUGAAAAUUAGAUGUUAAUGCUCUACUAGUCCUGCUGCCUUUGAUAAAAUGACAUCAAUAAUAAAGUUUUAUACUUUGUCGGGUGCGCAUGAUGAAUCGCCACCCUGUUAUUUAUUACAAAUUGAUGAGUUCAAAUUCUUGUUGGACUGUGGCUGGGAUGAAAAUUUUAGCAUGGGUGUUGUGAAUAGAUUAAAAAGGUACAUUCAUCAAAUAGAUGCGGUUUUAUUAUCUCACCCAGACCGUUUUCAUCUUGGAAUAUUACCGUACCUCGUUGGAAAAUGUGGCUUAAACUGCCCUGUCUAUGCUACAAUACCUGUUUACCAAAUGGGCCAAAUGUUUAUGUAUGAUUUACAUCAAUCUUUAUGCAAUGUUGAAGAUUUUAAUCUAUUUAGCUUAGAUGAUGUAGAUGCUGCUUUUGAUAAAGUCAUACAAGUAAAAUAUAACCAAAUUGUUCCAUUAAAAGGUAAAGGAAUUGGUUUAAGAAUAGUAGCGUUACCGGCUGGCCAUAUGGUUGGUGGUACAAUUUGGAGAAUAUCUAAGGUCGGCGAAGAGGAUAUUGUUUAUGCUGUAGAUUUUAAUCACAAAAAAGAAAGACAUUUGAAUGGCAGUGACUUGGAAAGACUUGGAAGACCGUCAUUAUUAAUAUUGGAUUGUUUUAAUGCUGCUUAUGCUCAACCUAGACGUAGAUCCCGUGAUGAAGCUUUAAUGACUUGUUUAUUAACAACACUUCAUGUCAGAGGUAAUGUUUUAUUAGCAAUUGAUACAGCUGGACGUGUUUUAGAAUUAAUGCAUAUGUUGGACCAAUUGUGGCGUAAUAAAGAAUCCGGCCUUGAUGCAUAUUCUUUAGUAUUUUUAACAAAUGUUAGUUACAAUACUGUGGAAUUCGCAAAAUCUCAAAUUGAAUGGAUGAGUGACAAGUUAAUGAAAAGUUUCGAAGGCGCAAGGAAUAAUCCAUUUUUUUUUAAGCAUGUAAAACUUUGUCAUAACAUGCAUGAUUUUAACAAAGUCCCCGAACCAAAAGUUGUAUUAGCUAGCAAUGGAGAUCUCGAAAGUGGAUUUUCAAGAGAAGUUUUUGUUAUGUGGGCUUCAAAUCCAAAUAACAGUAUUAUUCUGGCAGACAGAACUGCUCCAGGUACACUAGCCCGUGAUUUAAUUGAAGAAGGCGGUGAUAGAAAUAUUAAAUUGAUAAUUAAGAAACGUGUACCAUUAGAUGAAAAUGAGUUGGAAGAAUAUAAUAUCCAACACGAUGCAGAAAAAAUGGAAACUAGUGAAGUUGAUUCAGAAAGUUCUGAUUCUGAAGAUGAACAAGAGGCUAUGAGAGGCAAGCAUGACUUACUAGUAGAUGGUGAUUUAACAAUCUCCAAAAAAUCUUCAAAAAAAGAAUUGGCACCUAUGUUUCCUUAUUACGAAGAAAAAUUUAAAUUUGACCCAUAUGGCGAAAUCAUAAAACAUGAAGAUUUUAUUAAAUUUGAAGCAACCGCAGAAGAAGAACAAACUGCAAAUGAACAAAAUAAAAUAGUUGAAGAAGAAGAAGAAGCAGGUUUAUGUGAUAUACCAUCCAAGUGUGUAGAGUAUGAGCUGAACAUUUAUGUGGCAGCAAAAAUUGUACAUAUUGAUUUUGAAGGUCGCUCAGAUGGAGAGUCAAUAAAACAAAUUGUACUUGCAUUAAAACCAAGACGUUUAAUAUUAAUAAGAGGAAACCAUUACAGUACUAAGGUUGUUUACAACUUUGCUAAAGUAUUUAUAGAUGGUAAAGUUUUUACACCAAAAAUUGGACACUGCUUGAACGUAACAACAGAAUCUCAUAUUUACCAAGUACGUUUAACAGAUGCACUUCUUUCCACAAUUAAUUUAAAAAGAGGACCAAAUGGCGAUUUAGCUUACUUAAAUGCUAAGUUAAAAUUAGUUAACCGUAAAAAUGAUAUGGAAGUUGACAAUGUUGUACCAGAAAAGGCAACAAGGAUAGAUGAUCAAAUGUUUACUCUUGAACCUUUAGCGGAUCAUGAAAUUCGUCCUCGCAAGUCUGUGUUUAUUAAUCGAUUAAAAUUGUCUGAUUUCAAACAAAUUUUAUCCAAAAAUAAUAUACCUUGUGAACUUUCUAAAGGUGUUUUAUGGUGCUGUAAUCGUACUAUUUGUGUUCGUAGGAAUGCUUCUGGAAAAGUUUUGAUGGAAGGAAUUAUUAGUCGUCAAUACUAUUACAUACGUAGUAUAUUAUACAGCCAGUUUAUUAUCAUUUAACAUAACUAUCAAUUACAAUUAAUGCUAUUAUGAAUAUAAUUAUUUAUUAAAAAAAAAACUAUAAUAAAUAUAUUAUUGUAUAACUUAAUAUUAUAUAUUCCUAUAUAAUAAUACUGAAAAUUAUUAUACAAUUAUUUUUAUGAAUAUCUAUGUAAAACAUUUUUAAAUGGUGUGUUUAUUUUUAUACAUAAAUGGAUUUUGUUUUAGACUGAUAUACUUUUUGUAUUGCUUAUAAAGUUAUAAAUAUAAAUAAACAUUAAACACAAUAAUCGUA